AUGAAGAAUGUGGAGUACAAGCUGGCACGCCUUGAGGAGCAGAAUGCGUCGCUUCGGCAAAAGCUGCGACACCAGGAGAAUGAGAUCAGUCGGCUCUCCGUGCGUGAGUCGCAACUGAAGGAGACGCGGCGGAUGCCUCUGCUCCAGAAGCGUCUUGACGCGGCACUCACUGAGCGCGAGGAACUCGAGUCUCGCCUUGCCGAGGCACGCGGCAGUGAGGCGAGGCUCUUGGACGAAGUCAACCUCCUGCGGAUGUUCGUCAAACUGGGCGAGAACCCGGAACUCGCGGAGACGGCGCGCCAGUGCGUCAAUCAUCAGCGUAUCCAAGAGGAGCUGAAGGCGCUGGGUGAGCAGCUAGGCUGUAUCGCGACCGAACGGGAGGAGUACAAGAAGCGGGCAAUUCUUUCCUGUGAAGAGGCAGAGUACUACCGUGCUCAGCUAAAUGCGUCAUGUGAUGAGAAAAGUAAGUUAGAGACCUACAUAAAAAAGCUGCUUGCCGAACAGACGAUGCCAUCAACGGUAGCUCCCUCGUCUGGUUGCGGGGUGGUGAAGGGAUCUUCUUCCUGUGGUGUGGACGCAGCGGCGGGAAAAGAAAAGCUUGAUAUAGAUGACAUGCAGCAGCUACGGCGAAGUCUUGAAGAGGAAAGGGCCCGCAGCGAAGCUCUGCAAGAGACUAUAGAUGCAUUAUACGAACAGCAACGGAGGCAACGGCGCUCCGGUUCGAAAGAGUGCCGAAUUGUUGGUCCUCCAACCCUCAGCAACGAAAACGACGACGCUUGGCAGGGUGCAGCGGAUACAAGCAUACCUGCCUUGCGGCAGCAACUUGCCUAUGCGGAGGGUGAAUGUAGGUUGGUAAUGAACAGAUGGCGUGCGCUUAGAGAACAAAACAAGAAGCUGCUCUCGCGUAUUGCGGAAGUCGAGCUCGCGGAGGCCACGGGCCGCGGUCAACUUCAUCGACUUUCAAUAAAGUGUGAACAAUUGAGACGUGAACUUGUAUUUGUUCGACAAGCGCGAUCCCUGGCUCCCCAUCAUCAGGAAGAGCCAAGACGCGAUGAGGGUUUCAAAGCCGGGAUCGGCUUGGCACAGUGA